AUGACCAUGAUUGUUCAUAAAUUACAUAUCCGCUUUUGGUUACUGGACAAGUCAGCUCAACGUAAAGACUCCGAGUAUGAAUCUGGUUCGAUAUGUAGCUCAUCUGCUUCUUCCAUCAUCAAUGCAGAGACGGACGUUGGAAACAGCAAUCCUGCUUCUCAAUCUGCAGUCUCAUUAGCUGCCUCUGAGCCCUGCUCAGCCUCCUCCUCUGUGAUAGAUCCCUCGGAGGCCACAGCAACAGCCGAAAACGGUAGUUGUUUUGGAGAUGGUGAAUUUGUUAAUGAGAGAAAUGCGGACGAAGUUUCUGCGCCUUUGAAACCUGCUAUACAACCACCAUUAUUAGAUUUUGGUAUCAAAAUUUCUCCAGAUUCAGAGGCUGAGCGAUUAUCGGAGUCACAUUCUCAACUGGAUGACACUCUUAAAGCCCCUUUGGUGAAUAUUAAUCUUACUGAAGAAUCAUCCAAUUUAUGUGCCACUUCUUCAUCCUCCCUAGGAUCCAGAUCAGCACACGAUGGUUUAGAUUCAUCUCGAGAGCCUCCACUUGGACUGACUGCGUCAACCUCUGCCUCUCUUGCCACCACCACUUCCAUGUCUGCUUCGCAUGAUAGCAGCGACAAUUGCCACUUGGAAUCCUUUUCUGCGUCUACGGCCAUCACUCCCAUUGCAUCGGACCUCGUCAACUCGAUGAAUAAUCAACAGUUCUCACUUUCUGAUUUCUACUUCUGUAGUGACACCUACUGGGCUGAAUAUUUGACUCUUUUACGUCAAUCUGGUAUUGCUAGUUAUAAAUCAGCCUCCCCUUUUUUAGAUCAUUUUCCGAAUUCCAAUGUUUGUGGACAAUCAGUGAAUUUGAUUACUCAGCUUUCUCUAACCCAAAUAGAGGGCUCUGGGGAGGUAAAAAUGCCAGAAGUCACGAAGACUAUCCAUUCGGUGCCCCAAAUGUGCCCAAGCCCCUACGAAGUGACUCUCAUUGAUGCUGAAGCACUGAGUGUAGAAGCUGAUGAUGCAGAUGACCCGCGCCGUUGUCUCUUAUGCGAUGGCAUUGGAGACGACGGAAUCGAAGGACGUUUGCUGUACACCGGCACAGAUACCUGGGUACACGUGAAUUGUGCUCUCUGGAGCAACGAAGUCUAUGAGGAGGAUUCUGGUCAGCUUCGUGGCCUCGUCUCGGCCUUGUGCCGAGCCCGUUCUAGUCACUGCUUAGAUUGCGGCCGGGCUGGCGCUACUCUUAUAUGUUCUAACCAGCACGGUCAUUGUCCUUCACCUCCAGUGCCCUCCAAACCAACAAUGCAAAACGAUGCUUUGGCGUCACUAUCAUCUCGCAACGAUGGCGCCAGCGUACUUCACUUUACUUGCGCCCUGCAGCGUCGGCGCAGUUGCCAUCUUCAGCCUAUAUUCACUGCGGAUAGGUCAUUCUUCUGCUCUCCGACAUGCCACUCCGCCAUGGUAAUGCAACGCCUUACGCACUCUCUCGACCGUCUCCGCUUGCGACGCGGCUCUUCUUCCACAACAUCCAGCCUCGCGUCAGCCACUACCUCUACGAGUCGUCGAGAUAACGACUGCCCUACAGAUCGGCAGCAUCAAGCAUCGACAUUAUCUUCACCUAUCAAUGUUUAUUUUGGUCGUGUUGCUUGCGAUGACAUUAUUAAGCCAUCCGACCUGGAACAUCAAAGAGCCAUCAUUGCAGCUGAUAUGGAGUGA